GUAGUACUUUAUUAAUUUUUUGUUAAAAGAAAAAAAUGGCUGCUCACAGUGGAGGCACAGAUUGGUCCUCCGUUGUAAAACCACUUUUAUCAAAUAAUUAUGGAAGUUUAAACAAAACCGAUGUUUUAAAUAUUAUAAAAGCUAUCACCAGAUGUGAACAUGAUUUUUUCGAAAACGAUAACGUUCAUGGGGCUUUUUUCUCUGCAUUUUCGGCUCUAGCUGCUGACACUAUUAGUGGCCAAUGUAGUUUGGUUUGCCAGACGCAAGUACCACAAAUGAUAGAAGCGAGUUCAGUGUUGUCUAGGUUUAUUUUAAAUAGACUUAACAAACUGAGUGUUUUCGAGAUCAAAUGGAUGUUGCCGGCUUUGAAGAGUCUAUGCGAGGGAAAACAGCGACUUGCAGGUUUUGAUCAUGCGACUGUUGCUUCGAUACUGAGGGCAACAAAAUUUCCCGAUGCAAGCAAAAGCAUCGUUAGUGGAAGCAGCGACAAAGACAGUCCAAAGUCGGAAAUCAAGAGAUCUCGAUCAGAUUUGUCAUCUGUUAUACUCCAACAACUAACUGCUCCUUUGGAAGUAGGAAACCCAAAUGCAUGGGCACCGCUAAGUGAAGAAUUAACAGAUUGUACGGAUAUUUUCUCCUCAGCAAAUAUUGCUUACCUUGAGUCAUUAAACGCUGCAGAUGUAGUUCUGGAAAUGUGCGCUGCCCUACCCACAUUAUCGAAGUAUCGUUUGAAAUGCGAAGAGAGCAUUGCAUCUGGAAAGCCCCUCUAUUUGCCUCUUACCACAACAGAGGCAACACAAAUCAAAAAUAAUUUCUCACAAAUGUCAGCUGAAGUUUCGAUUCUCUGGCAGGCACUUAAUUUACCUAUAAUGGAGCCUCUGUCUCCACUUAAAAUUAAUCAAUUGUCACGAUGUGCAAAAUCAGCUCUAUACUGUGCGGUCCUAACAUCAAUUUCAUGUAGCGUUCUCUCCAUGUCUACAUCUGGUUCACAGAAAAACCAACAGGCAGGAAGCUCCUCACAAGUAGGCAAGGAAUGUGAUGAAACCGAAGAAACUGCACGUAUGAUCGUUGACGAAGCACUAGAAAUUUACACCAAUAUCGGUGUUAUGCUUGAAAAUUCAGCAAGAAUACAUGUCUAUCAAAAUCAUUUGUGUUUUGGUGCAUGGUUAUUGGUCACAGGCAUUCAAGGAGCACUUGGAGCUUCCGGUAGUACAAGUUCAAAGCAGCAAGUACAGCAAGGAGAAGCUGAAUCCAUUGCCAAAGGGAAAAGUCCAGCAAGAACUUCGGAUCAACACACACCCUCUGCCAGAGUUAAUCUCUUUAAAGUACAACAAGGGUUUGGUGUUCUAAAUGCGGCUAUUGCCAUUCACAGUUUGCAGUUGCUCACAGAACUCAUUGAUGAUUUAAAAAUUGAAGCAACAUGUGGGGAAGAUGAGGCUAAUGGGUCAGGAACUAAUCAGAACGCUCCCGAACCGGCUGGCUUUGACAUUUUAGAGCAGUAUUCUGCUCUUGAAAGAGUUGUUCGAGUAUUGAACGCUGCAACUCUUCAACAAUUGUUAACGUUUCUUGCAACUGUUGCUUAUCGAAAAGCAUGCUCUCUUAAGAGAGCAAAUGCUAAAGAUCGAACUGAAUGUGACCCUAUAAGUUACUCGGAAUCAACUACUUAUUACAAUGAUACAUUAUCUUGUUCGGAUAACUCCGAAGAAGAUGAUAGCGAAAGCUAUUUGGGGCUAUGGUUUAAAGAAACUUUGUCCCCAGAAGCCAAUGAUGAGCCUUCAGAAAUUCAGGGCCAAGAAAAAUUAAAUGACACACAGAAAUCAAACUUGGUUCCGGCAAAGGACGAACCACAUGAGUACUUGGAACUGGCAGCUCAAAUAUUUAUUUUCCUUGAUCAAUCACUCGGUACGAAACACAGUUUUUUAAACAAAUACGUAAAAGCUGGUCUUAGUGAGCAGCAAAUGGUGUUAUUGGCCAAUAUAUUAAAAGAUCUCGAUCGUGAUGCAUCAAGAGGAGAACCGGAUGUUUCUAGUUGCCCCCAAUGGCAAACAGCAAUGAUCAAAUUUUCUGGAGCUGUGGGAAGAUAUCUUCAUAAUCUUAUUUCUGGACAAUUACUUAGUGAAUCCUUGCAAUCAAAUUUGCUUUUAUAUUUGUCUGUAUCGCCUUGGACUCAAGACACUAAUACCUGGCCUCUUCAAGUUUAUUCAAGCACUCUAUCUGUUCUGGUCCAGAUCCUUCUGCUCAAACCAACUCAGGAGAAGGAAGCCGCCUGUCUUUCGGUUUGGCAUCGUUUAGUGAACACUCUUGUGGAAGGUGUGUGUUCAACUUCUGCAGCUAACCAAAGUUCUGAAACAGACUACGAGGAUUUAAACAUCGAGCAUGCUCAACUUCUUCUUUUCCUGUUCCAUUCACUGAAUCUUAUGCAGAAGAAAUCGAUUCUACUGCUAACGGCUGGUGGUGUAAUUCGUUGUGCUGAAGUUUGUCGUAGUGUUUCACCAGAAAAACCCUUACGAAACCAUCAGAUAAUGCUUCUUUCCCGUUUGUUGCUGUUUUUGGAGUAUCUUAUGAAACAUUUAUAUAACGCUCCAACCGUUUUGCUGGAGCAAGUUCGUUGGAAUUUAUUUUCCGUCAGCACAAUGGACGGUAGUCAGAAGGUAUCAGAUCUUCUGAACAACAAAACAAAAAUGCAUUCAUUCUGUCGCAAAGAUAUUGAAGAUAAAUUUAGAAAAUAUUCUCCAGAAGCUUCAACUAGUAUUCGUCCAAAAUUCUAUUCACUCGCUGUCAUCGACACAAAAAUUCUUCAAGAAUUUAAACUUGACGGCUUAGCUUGGAAUUUCAUUCUCUGCACUCCAGACAAAUUGAAAUACCCACUGCUUGUUGACGCGCUUAUUGACAUACUCUCUGUUACCGAUAUUUGCAUGGCCAAAGUAACAUCUCACACUCUGUGUGCUGUUCAUUAUUGUUUUAGUAUUUGCUGGAAAUUGCUGUUAGGUUUGCCUCCAUCAACACCACAUGUAGAAGCAUUGCUGCAGGAUAAAACACCGACACUGCAUUCACUUUUGUGGUCAAUUCGCUGCUUCCAUCCAGUGGCAGCAUCACAUUAUUUGAUUGUAAAUAGUUUGAUUAAACAGGGCAUGUACACGCAGUAUGCUGAGACUCUGUGGGCAAAUAUAACUGAUCACGUGGCUGAUGCCCGUUUCAGUUUAAAAAAUACAAUUUUCGGACUCGAAGCGUUUAAUAAAACCUUCAAUAUACAAAAUCCUCGAAUUUCUAAAAUCCUAAUGUUGGAUGCAUUGAUGGCAUAUAUGCAUGCGCUCUCUUGGGCGGAGAAAGAGGGUGUUCAACCACCUAAACAGAUGAGUACUCAAUGUAACGAUCAAUCGGAAAUUUCUGAUCAACGAGGAACUACUCCACCAAGCACAAUUAAUGCUGCAUGUACAAAAACCGAGUUGGACGAACAAACAGUUUCUAAAACAAAUGAACUUGCAAAAGAAAAGCUUUCCAAAGACCUUCUUUUAAUACUUUUGGACACACUAAAGAUUCUUAAUGACACCGUACAAAAAACAAUGGCAAAUAAUAUAGGCGCCACAAUUCCCAUAAAUAUAUUCGAAUUUUUAAUUCCUAUUGCUAGUUUAAAGAAUUCGUAUACAUCUGAGCUUUCUAAUCAAUUCCUUAAUUUGGUUUCUGGUCAGGAUAAGGAAUCCAUCACAGUUGAAUGGACAAAAAAAUUGAAUGUUCCAGAGGAAGAUAUUUUCUCUAGUAGUGUUUUUCCUGUUGAAUUACAUACUCUCACCGUUAUCGAUGCGCAUCUUACGGAGAUUUCAAAUCAUUUGAAUUAUUCUGUGUUGUUGUCAUUGAAAAACUCUCUGAAGACUCUUAUGCACUUAAUAUACUAUCUACUUCCUGUUUGCAAGGGCGAUGCAAAGAUCGAGGAACGCCUAAAGCCAAUUCUAACUGCUAUGCUCUUUGACAUUCGAAUGGAAUAUUUGUACGAUAUAAGUGAAAAAUGCUUGAACAGCCUUUUGAGCUCAGAUGAUGCUGGAAUCGACGAAAGGCAGUUUUUAUCAUACAGCCAUUUGUUGAAACACUGUUAUGGGGUCAUCAUCGAAUAUGCCGAUGAGUGUCGACAGACUCAGAAUAUGACGCUGAGUGAGUCUGUUUUCUUAGAAGUUCUUAAAGUUAUGCAGCAGAUGAUUGAUAAACCAAUGGGUAUGAGAGCAAUGUAUGAAUUUUUCCGGGUAUCUAACUCAGGAAACUUAACUGAUUUGCUUUUAUCUUUCACCGGCACAAACCUAUCACAGAGUUAUGCAACAAAAAUACUGCAAUUUUUUGAAAAACUCUUCCAAGCAUCAGAUAAACCAGAUUCACUUUUUCCUCUGCCCGAUUUAAUACAAUGUAUAUCUGAACUAGGACAUACCGACAUAAAUCGGUUAAAAAAUUGGCUAAGUCAUAUACUUCUUGGUCCUGGUCAAGGUGCUCAGCCUUCAAGUAAUUCAUCUAGUAAUGCACAGACUCCAACGAAUAUGGCAACAGUGUCGGCUAUACCCAGUAUUUCUGAUCAAAUCGCUCAAUCAUCUGCUAUGGAUGCAGAAGCUAUGGAAAUCGACGAAGAUGGUGGUGUUCAAGUUGCUCCGAGCUACAGUUAUUUUACUAAUCGCUCUUAUUCACCCACACACGAGGGAGAAGGUGUUGAACGCAAUGGAAAACUUUUACAAAACAUAACAAAAUAUAUUGUUCAAGAUGGAAAAACUCCUCAAUCAGUUUCGAUGGUUUUGUUUCAUGCGUUACUUCAAUUGGGACAGACUCUUUUAUGUCCGACACAAGAAGCUUCGGAUUUUUCAGAUUUACUCCAGGUUAUGAUAACAUUGGCAGACGCUGCUCAGGGUAGAGGCCAUUCAACUCUUUUUACAGCUGCUAUUGUAUGGUUAGAUGUCUCUAAACUCCACGUACUUGAAAAAAUUGCUGUCCCAAAAACUCAACAAUUGGUUUUAAGACCUUUAGUAGCCCUUGACAAUGUUACUGCUUUGCUACGCUAUAUGGGUGAUCUCCUGCAAGCACUAGGCUUUAAAGGUAGUCGUUCUUUAACACCUCCAUGGGAGGAAGACAUGCAAGCUGAAUUUGAUGAUUUAAUGGAUGAGUUGGGAGGCGGUGGAGACGAUGAUGAUUCCAUUGUCGAAGACUCGGAUGAGGAUAGCUUGGGCAACAAGCUUUGUACUUUUUCACAAACCCAGAAAGAGUUCAUGAAUCAACAUUGGUAUCAUUGCCACACCUGCAAUAUGGUAAAUACGGUUGGCGUUUGCUCCGUUUGUGCAAGAGUGUGUCACAAAAAUCAUGAUGUGAGCUAUGCAAAAUAUGGAAAUUUCUUCUGUGAUUGUGGAGCAAAAGAUGAUGGCUCUUGUCAGGCUCUUAGCAGACGACUUAAUCUAUCAUCGAGCGGCCAAGAUCGAUCGGUAACUGCAUCAGCCUUAGAAUCUGGUGAUACUUCGUAUGUUGGAGCGCUUACUAGAAAAAGAGCUCAUUCCCCUCCAUCACACAUAUCGACCAACUCGACACUAAGAUCGGAUGGAGGAACUUUGAGUGAACGUGCUUCUCACUUGGCGAAAAUCAUUGAAACCUCAAAAGAAUCCUUACAGAACAACGAGCAAUGGGCUAGUGUUGUUCGAUGUAUACUGGAAUUCUUUGAAUUACUGAUGCCUUCUAUUAGAGAAAACUCAGCAUUAUUUUCUACAGUGGGUUGUCAUAAGCGAACCCAAAGCGCUUUGGAACGUUUACAUACUUUAGACCAGACCUUCCAAAUCAGUGACCAAAUAAUGGUGCCUACCUUAGGCUCCCAAGAAGGAGCGUUUGAGAAUGUGCGUAUGAGUUAUUCAGGCGAUCAGGGACAGACAAUAAAACAAUUGCUUUCAUCUGGAUUGGUAAGGCGUGUAGCUUUAUGUUGCCUUUCUUCCCCACAUGGCAAGCGGCAACAUUUGGCUGUAUCACAUGAGAAGGGAAAGGUCACAAUAUUGCAGUUGUCAGCUUUGCUGAAGCAAGCCGAUGCUGCUAAGAGGAAACUUACACUUACGCAACUGUCGUCAGCUCCAAUUCCAUGUACAGUUCUAUCGUUAACAGCUAACCCUGCAAAUGAGGACUGCCUUGCGGUGUGUGGAUUGAAGGAGUGCCAUAUUCUAACUUUCUUAAGCAGUGGAACAGUCAACGACCAUAUAGUUCUUACACCUCAAUUAGAAAAUGGAAAUUUCAUUAAAAAAGCUAUUUGGCUACCAGGCUCUCAGACGAUGUUAGCUUUGGUUACUGCAGAUUAUGUUAAGAUCUAUCAACUGGCUGAAGACACUUACAGUCCGAAAUACUAUUUCUUGGUGGCAGUUGGAAAGAUCCGUGACUGUACUUUCAUAUACCAAGAGGGAGUUUACUACAUGUUUUUGAUUGCUUCUUCCGGAUACAUCUACUACCAAACUCUAGACGACGAGAGUCUUGCGAAGCACGGAGAUUUCUAUGUAACAAACACUUUAGAUCUACAACAUCCUCACAUCAAGGAUAUCAAUGGUCAAGUUGGAGGCGGUGGUGUAUCUAUUUACUACUCGCACACUCUACAAAUACUCUUUUUUAGCUAUUCACUUGGGCGUAGUUUUAUGGCUCCUUUGGUGGAUGUAAACAAGGGAGUGAAAUGUGUUAUGCAAGUCCAAACUGGACCACCUAAUUCUUCAAAAACGUCCUCAAAGGGACCACCACAGCCACUUUGUCAAUGGACGGAAAUACCUGGACAUCCUGGGCUUAUCUGUGCUAUCAUGCAUACUUCAAAUAAUCCAGUUGUUUUUAUGUUAACACCGGAACGCAUCGUCAUGCAAGAAAUUAAGGCUCAGAGUUCAAAGUCGAAGAUCAUGGACAUGGUGGCAAUCCGUCAUACAGUAGCUGGUGUAGAGAAAACCACAUUGAUACUCCUCUGCGAAGAUGGCAGCUUGAGAAUUUUUACCGCUCAAAUUGAUAAUACAAACUAUUGGCUUUCGCCUGAAGUCCAACCGAUUGGAAAUCAAAUGUACUCAACAGCCACUCUUAUACCAUCUAAGUCAUCGCGCAAAACAAAAUCAAAAUCUAAUUCACGAAACAAUAGUGGAAACGGACAAAAGACUGUUGGUGCAAACGGUGCAAUUUCUUUCCCAAUAGAUUUCUUUGAACAUUGUACUGUUAUGCCGGACGUUGAGUUCGGUGGCAAUGACCUUCUUCAGAUAUACAACAAGCAGAAACUCAAAACACGCCUUUUUUCUACUGGAAUGUUUGUUGCUUCUACCAAAUUAAAUGGUUUUACUCUCGAAAUAACAAAUUCUGAUCCGAAUAUGGUGAUUGUUGGAGUUCGAGUGUUACUAGGGACGCAGGAUCCGUUGAGAGCUCCACAAAAUGUUACAGUUCUUGGAAGAACCGUUUCAACUGUUUUAAGGCGAGCUAGAUGGUUUGAUAUACCACUAACAAAAGAAGAAAUGCUUCAAUCUGAUAAAAAGUUAAACGUUGUCUUUGGACGAUCACAAGACCCGGAAAAUGUUUGCAUGUUAGAUAGCAUUGAAGUUUAUGGAAAAUCUAAAGAACUUAUUGGGUGGCCAGAGGAAUCCGAUGAAACCACUGCAGCAGGUGCUACAGCCAUAGGAACUUCAACCACGGUUAACGGAGCUACAAAUGCUUCAAGUGAUACCAAUAUUCCAACUAUAACCAACCUGGACAAAAUGGUGACGUCUAUGUUAGAAGUUCUGGACUGCGGUCUUAGUCUUCUUGGUGGAUCUAAUAUAGAAUCGAAUUUGAAACAAAAAGCAAUAUCCGUUGCGACAUCCUUACUUCUCAUGCCAUCACCAAAUCCGGUACAAAUGCAAACUAAGUGCGUGCUGGCUACUUUGUAUGGAAAUCGCAAUGCUUACCAUGCCUAUAAGGACAAAGAAAUUCUCAAUGAAGUAAACAAUGAGCUGAUUAAACUUCAGAAAGUCGAAGACAUGUGUACCAUUGAUCCUGAGGCUUUCUACCGUUUAGUGUUGCUUACGAGAAGAAUUGCCGUUGCAAGACCUCAAGCUUUAUGUAAGAUCUGUUCAGAAAACGAGUUUAUUAUUCUACCAAAUCUUCUAGAACUCAUGAAGAAGCUUUUCGAAAUAACACCACGCAUUGAUGAACCAACAUCCAUAGUGAAACGUGGUCUUUGUCACACAGAGGCUAUAAUCCAUUGUCUUGUUGAAAUUAUUCACGCUUUCGCUCUCUCAGAUCCAGCACAAGUAGAAAAAAUGACAAAAUAUCUCAUAGAUUUGCUGUUAGAUGAAUCUAGUGUGAUUAGUCACAGUGCAAAAGAAGCCAUCAUUUUACUUUUGAGUCCCAGAUUAAAGCGUAGAAAGGUAGUGAUUGUGAGUCCGCCAGCAUGUUCAACACCGACUCCAUCGAAUACUGCUGCUACGGUUACUCCAUCAACGAGUGCAGUUGGUCAGCCAGUUAGUGCAGGAGAUGAAAAUCCAUCUACGAGCCAAAGUAACGUCGAUUUUGUUCCAGUUGAUGUUGAUGCUAUUGAGCCGCUGGGUCUUGGAGAACCUGGAAUAAGUAACCCAUUGGGCAAUUUAGAAGCGUUUUUAGGUGCCGGUGGUUUUCCUCAGCUUCUUGACCUUCAACAGGAUGCAGAUGAUGAGGCUAUUAUGGAUAUAGCGAUCGCCCUUAGCCUAGAACAGCACGAUGGACGAGAUCUACGUCAAGGAUUGGCUUAUCUUCAAGGAGUUCGUGAUGGAACGUUACAUAAUGUCCAACGACUACCAUCCUCCAGCAAUGCAGGUGAAGCUGCUAGUAUCUCAGUUGGCGGUUCGGAUGAUGAAGGAUCUAACGCUGCAACCGAUGGUUCCACUUUGAGAACAUCGCCAGCGGAACCCGCGGGUAGUGGAGGCUCUGAGAGCGGUGGCAGUGGUGUAGAAAGUAUCGGUGGAAUUUCUGGCCGAAGCAGUACAUAUGGUGACCAACCUAAUGCGUCGCCUCCUAGGAGCAGUGAACUUCAAUUACCUCCAUUGGGGGAACCUUUGUUGCCCGAAGAAACACCUGAAACAGAUGAACAACAAGCCGAAACAGAAUAUACUAAAAAAUUACACGAUUUGAGGUGCGCUAUUUUAAAUAAAAUUGUCGAAAACUUCAAGUCACUCGAAGGCUGUACUGGGGCACAGGUGAUACCACUGGUUCAAGUUGUAUUGAUGCUCACUACUGAUCUGGAUGGAAAUCAUGAAUCUGAUCAACAAAUUUUGACUCUUUUGCUUAAUGCUCUUGUAGAUGGCUUGGAUAUGAAUCCAGCUUCAGUUGCAUCACAGCUCAUUGAACGUAAACCAAAUUCGGAAGUAAAACUUAUGCUACUCUGUUUAUUCAGUGUUUUAAUGGGAAAAACUAAAUCAUCAAAACAAGCUGGAACCACAUCGCCUCCACACCAAUUUAAAGAUAACGCAUCAUUUGUAGCUUCAACCACAGCUAAUACACUGAUUAAAAGUGGAGCAAUUCCUUUCUGCCUAGUUGUCAUGGAGUCAUUCCUUGCGCACUGGAGAACUGUUUCGGCUGCGGCGGAAACUGGACACCAGUUGGUUCCUACAUCUGGAUCAUCCUCAUCAAACUCAACUUCGAACAAUUUGCUGAAGCCAAUAAACUAUGGCCCUAAGCCCGAUAUAUCAAGCCUUAUUCCUCACAAUUAUCUGAAAAACUUCCCCGAAAUAUUCGAUGGUUACAGUGCUCUUCUAACAGAGAUUGCAGUUCGACUACCAUAUCAAAUAUUAAAACUAUCAGCUGGUCAUCCAGCCACUUAUGAUUGGUAUCACAAAUGUUGUGAAAAUAUGACAUUUACAUUGUGCGAGUACAUGAUGUUGAAUUUGAGUCCAUUGUUGCGGCGACAAGUACGAAAAUUACUUAUGUACAUUUGUGGCAACAAAGAAAAAUUCAGAAUGUUCCGCGAUGGUCAUUCACUUGAUGUUCACAUUAUCGCUAUAAAAAAAACUUGUGAAUUGCAAAAUUCAAAGCAUAUUGGCAGUGGUAUUCAGGUUAUUUUGACAUAUGAUGCUCUUGUGGAACUAACUGAACAUCUUCGCGCUUGUCAGGAAAUCAGUCAAAUACGUACUGGCAACUGGCAAAAGUUCUGCGUUGUUCAUGAAGAUGUUAUUCCUUCGCUUGUUCAAAUUGCAUGCUUCCAGCUGGAUGAUGGCGUUUCACCAAUAAUUCUACAACUCUUACAAGCAGCUUUUUGUAAUAAUAACCAGUCAAAACAAGAUUCUAACAAACAAUCGGCAUCUUCAUCGAAGAGCCGUCAAGAUCGUGAUAAAUCUGAAGAAAAUGAAAUAACAUCUGACUCUAAAUUUGAUCCAUCCCAUUGCAGCACAUUUGUGCAUCAGCUGUUCCGCUUUGUACCCGAUAAUUUGUUAUCAAAGUUCAUAAAAAUAUUUCUCCUAGAAACAAAUAUAACUUCAAUUCGUUGGCAAACGCACUCUCUCGUUUAUGCUAUUUAUGAGAACAGUAACGAUCGUCAAAAAGAAAAACUUAUUAAUUUACUAUGGAACAUGUGGCAGUAUUUACCUGCUUAUGGACGCAGAUCAGCUCAGUUUGUUGAUAUCCUUGGAUAUUUGACACUUAGCACGAAGUCCAUAUCUGAAAAACUGCCUGAAUACAUGGAAAAAGCCGUUGAAGUUCUGCAACAACAAAAUGAGCUUCUAUCCAAACACUCGAAUGCACCCAUAUAUACAACUCUAGAACAAGUGCUUCAAGUUAGUGGUUAUUAUCUGGAGUCGGAACCGUGUUUGGUGUGCAACAAUCCAGAAGUACCAAUGACCAAUGUAAAAUUGCCCUCAAUCAAAUCCGAUUCUAAAUUCACUACGACCACAAUGAUUGUAAAACUUGUACAAAGCCAUACAAUAUCUAAAAUAAUUCUUCGUAUUGCCGACCUGAAGCGAACAAAAAUGGUUCGCACAAUAAAUAUCUAUUACAACAACCGAACAGUUCAAGCUGUAGUUGAAUUGAAAAAUCGGCCAGCUUUAUGGCAUAAGGCACGUUCAGUUAAUCUACAAUCUGGUCAGACCGAGGUAAAAAUCGAUUUCCCUUUGCCGAUUACUGCUUGUAACCUGAUGGUUGAAUAUGGCGAUUUUUAUGAAACUGUGACUGGAUCUAGUGAGAACCUACAGUGUCCACGAUGCAGUGCAGCCGUUCCGUCGUAUCCGGGAGUAUGUGCCAACUGCGGCGAAAAUGUGUUCCAAUGUCACAAAUGCCGUGCGAUCAAUUACGAUGAAAAAGAUCCCUUCCUCUGCCAUUCUUGUGGAUUCUGCAAAUAUGCAAAAUUCGACUUUAGCAUUUACGGACGUGCAUGUUGCGCUGUCGAUCCUAUUGAAUCGGCGGAAGAUCGAACUAAGACCGUGCAAAUCAUUCACUCUUCAUUGGAGCGUGCCGAUCGAAUUUACCGCCAAUUGCAAACAAAUAAGCAGAUGCUUGAGUUAUUGAUUCAGAAAGUGACCGAGCACCGUUCGGAUCGCCAGAUCGAUGAUACACUGGGUACGGUACAUAGUACAUCGCAGGUGAACAAAAUUAUCCAGCUAUUGGCUCAAAAGUAUUGUGUGGAGUCAAGAACAUCAUUUGAGGAACUCAGCAAAGUUGUUCAAAAAGUUAAAGCUUGUCGCCGAGAGCUUGUUGCUUACGAUCGAUCCCAAAUGGAUCAACCUAAUAGUAGCUCAAAUCCAGGAUCAGAAGAGUUAGCCGUCAAUCGUUGCUAUGGGUGUGCUUUAGCCUCUACCGAGCAAUGCCUGACACUUUUGCGAGCAAUGGCUUCGGAUCCAGAAUGUCGGUUAGGCUUAUACCAACAGGGCCUGGUGGAAGAAUUGGCUCAAAAUAAUCUCCGCCGUGGGACACCACAAAUACAAGAUGAAGUGCGGAAUCUUCUUUGCUUGUUGACAAAAGAUAACACAGAUGCUUGUCUCAAUCUUCUGGAUUUAAUCCAUGAACGCGUUAAAAUGGCUUUAAUUGGAGCUAUUCCGUCGGCCAAUCUUGAAACUGCUAUACGUCACGAGAUGACAUUAUUAGAGGUGCUCAUUGCCCAAGAUGAUUUUUGCUGGGAGCAAAAACUUAAAGUUGUAUUUGACUUGUUUUUAAUGGCUUAUCGUGACCGUCGCGGACCAGCUGUAGCUGUAAUACAACCAUGCUUGCGUAUUCUGCAGGCUCUUAUUUGUCCACCAACGCCUAUAAGUAAAACUAACAAAGAUAAGCUUCCUCAGGACUUGUCUAGCAUCGCCACCGGCAGCGGUCUGACUGUUGACUUUAAAAAAUGGCUUGAAGACGACAAAGAGCAAUCUUACGAAGCUUGGAAAGCAAGAAUGCCUUCAAAUGUGUUCGUAGAGAAACCUUUAAAGAAAAUCGAAGAAAAACAUACCGCUCAAACAACGCCUGGCCAAAAGGGUCAGCGAAUGUUUGGAGCCACGCUCGAGCACAAACGAAUGCAAUUGAGAAAAGCUUAUUUAUGUGAAAAGUAUGGUAAAAGAUGGAGAACUCGUUUUUUGCAAAAAGGCAUUCCUAGUCCUCCUCUAGAACUAAGCUCCUCCUGGUUGCAGCCGAUUUUAUUCAAUGCGAAUUCCCGAUUUGGAAGACAACUUGCCUGUUCAUUAGUCACAUCUCUAAGCAGAACACAUGAACGGAAGCGAGAAUUGCUUAAUUUGUUAACGGGAUUCCUGAAAUACGUUGGUGAGGCUGGGGAAACCAGCGCUGAAUUUUUGACUUUGUACAGAGCCUUAGGCACUGAUUCUCCAUGGAGACAAUAUUUGGCACUUCGUGGAGUCCUUACAGAAAUUUCGCAGCUUCUUUCAGCUGAAAUAGUAAAUAUACAUCGUUUGGAAGAAACUACACUCUCUUCAGAUCUCGCUCAGGGCUAUGCCCUGAGACAAUUUGUAGAAUUGCUUUCUAUGUUCCUAGAGAAUGCAGCCAUUCGACAGGCGUACAAAACAAGACUCUUGGGACCAGUGCUCGAAGGGUAUUUGUCUCUUAGAAAAUUAGUCGUUCAACGCACUCGGCUAAUUGAUGAUGCCCAAGAAAAACUUCUUGAAAUGCUCGAAGAGAUGACCAGCGGUACAGAAGAAGAAACACGAGCUUUUAUUGAAAUUCUUAUCGAUACUGUCGAAAAGACACGUGUCAACGACAUAAAGACUCCUGUGUUCAUCUUCGAACGACUCUAUUCUAUCAUCCAUCCAGAAGAAAACGACGAAAGUGAAUUCUUUAUGUUGCUGGAAAAAGACCCUCAGCAAGAAGACUUUUUGCAAGGCCGCAUGUUGGGCAAUCCCUAUCCCUCUUCUGAAGUUGGACUUGGACCGCUCAUGAGAGAUGUUAAGAAUAAAAUUUGUACUGACUGUGAGCUUAUUGCACUAUUGGAAGACGAUAAUGGAAUGGAAUUACUGGUUAAUAACAAAAUCAUUAGCUUGGAUUUGCAUGUGAAAGAUGUUUAUAAAAAAGUUUGGCUUGCUGAGGGAGGAGAAAGAGAUGCAAUGAGAGUUGUAUAUCGUAUGAGAGGCUUACUGGGUGAUGCCACUGAGGAGUUUGUUGAAACUCUGAACAACAAAAGUCAAGAAGAGGUAGAUACGGAACAAUUAUAUAGAAUGGCAAAUGUAUUAGCAGAUUGCAAUGGUCUCAAAGUAAUGCUGGACAGAAUCUCUAGCUUACAAAAUCUUUCUCGCACCAGAGAACUCAUACAGGUUUUACUAAAACUUUUCCUUAUCUGUGUCAAGGUAAGAAGAUGUCAAGAAGUACUCUGUCAGCCUGAACUAGGUGCAAUUAAUACACUUUUAAAAGUAUUGCAAAUUUGCCUUCAAUCAGCUGAAAAUGAUGUACCUAUACAAUCAUCAGUUACAGAGCAGCUGCUAGAAAUCAUGGAAACAAUUCUUUCGAAAGCUGCCAGCGAUACACUAGAUUCAUUUCUACAAUUUUCAUUAACAUUUGGAGGCCCAGAAUAUGUUACUGCUCUUAUUUCCUGCACUAACAUUGUUAAUGUCAGAAACAACCCAUCUGUACUUCGUCAUUUGAUUCGGGUUUUGGCAGCUCUGGUGUAUGGAAACGAGGUUAAGAUGGCUUUGUUGUGCCAACACUUUAAGGCCACGUUAGAUUUUACGAAAUUUGAUACUGAGAAAACACCAGAAGACGAAUUUAAGAUGGAGCUCUUCUGUGUGCUGACCAAUCAAAUAGAACAUAAUUCAAUUGGGGGCACAUUAAAAGACUACAUAAUAAGUCUGGGAAUUGUAGAUGAAGCAAUUGGGUAUAUUAACAAACACGCACCUUGCGUAAAACCAACAUUGUUAAGGAUCGAUUCGGAUGAACUGAAAGAAUUUAUAUCGCGACCUAGUCUAAAGUAUAUUCUGCGUUUUCUAACUGGACUUGCAACAAAGCACGAAGCUACACAGGUGGCAGUAAGCAAGGAAAUUAUUCCUAUUAUUCAUCGGCUGGAGCAGGUUUCCAGUGAUGAACAUGUAGGAAGCUUGGCUGAAAAUCUUCUGGAAGCACUGUGUACGGAUGAAAUAACAGCUAAGCGAGUUCAAGAGGUAAGAGACUUUACUAGAGCAGAGAAGAAACGAUUAGCUAUGGCCACGAGAGAGAAACAACUCGAUGCCCUUGGAAUGCGUACAAAUGAAAAAGGUCAGGUAACGGCCAAAGGAUCGAUAUUACAAAAGAUUGAGAAACUUCGGGAUGAAACUGGUCUGACAUGUUUCAUUUGUCGUGAGGGCUACGCUUGUCAGCCAGCAAAGGUUCUGGGAAUAUAUACAUUUACCAAACGCACUAAUGUGGAAGAAUAUGAAUUAAAGACUCGGAAAACUGUUGGCUACACCACGGUGACUCAUUUCAAUGUAGUUCACGUUGACUGCCACACCUCUGCAAUCCGAUUGGCUCGAGGAAGAGACGAAUGGGAGCGAGCUAGCUUACAGAAUGCAAACACUCGUUGCAACGGAUUGCUUCCCCUUUGGGGCCCAGAAGUCUCUGAGUCUGCUUUUUCUGCGUGUAUGACUCGUCAUAGUAGUUAUAUGCAGGAGAGCACCCAACGCUGCGAUAUAUCUUUUACAAGUAGCAUUCAUGAUUUAAAACUGUUACUAAUUAGAUUUGCUUGGGAAAAGAGUUUUCACGAUGAUGCAGGAGGUGGAGGUCCACAAUCCAAUAUGCAUUUCGUGCCUUAUUUGUUGUUCUAUUCAGUAUAUUUGCUGCUUUCAUCAAGGUCGGCCACAAGAGAAGAGAAAACUUUGCAAACUUUCUUAACAGCAAAUCCUUCCGAAAAAUGGCUAGAGUGUGGUUAUGAAGUUGAAGGAUCGCUAUACUUGUUGACACUAUCUUUGGCUAUUCACAACCAAGCCAAUUGGAACAAAUACAAGUUGGCUCACAUGAAGCGUCUGAUAGCAGUAGCACAGGCACGCCAUGUUUCACCAUCUGUUCAGUGCAAGGCACUUCUCUCGGCAAGCGACAGACAAGCUAAAGAUUACAGUGUGUACAAGCCUUUUCUUAUGAUGUGGGCAAUGGUUGAUUUAACAUAUAGCCAACUUCUCAAGACAGUCCCAACCACCGAGGAUUGGCCGAUUGCUCUAUUUGACUAUAUUCGCAAACACGAUGAAGUGAUGCUUAAAACAACCGAUACAAUAUUACAGACAUAUACCGAUGAAUAUCUUCCCUGCACGUCGUUUGGUGAAUUUUGUGAUGUAGCUGGUCUCUUGAAUUUAAUUGAAAUGCCAGAACAAUUUAUUAAUGAUAUAUUACUUUCAAUGCCGUCAACAUCGGCGACCUAGAAAAUUUACUUAACAUAAUUUUAAUCGAACUAUAAUUAAUCCAUUUUAACAAUUGUAUCGCGUUAUAUUAUUGAUUUGCUUAACAUAUUAUGCACCAUAUUUCAAAUAAAAUUGUAAUUUCUUGUGAAACUCGUUA